AAAGAUUGAGUCGUUCUCUCGGACUCGCAUAGUUCCAAGAUCAUGCGCCAUUCUCUGUCGGGAUGUCGUAGUCAACGGUUGGAAUAACAAAUUCUUCUGUGAUUAUUUUUUUUUUUUACUUUUUGUGACGUGUUUAUUCAGUUGUAUUUGUGUGUGAUUUAAUUUUUGUGUGAUAUUUUCAAAGCAAAAAAAACUCGUCGACAUGGCGCCAUCAGUUGGCGUGUCUGAAUUCUUCGCGGGCAAGAAGAUUUUCAUCACCGGAGCAACUGGUUUCAUGGGGAAGGUUCUAAUAGAGAAACUCUUGCGAUGUUGUCCAGAUAUAGACAAGAUAUAUAUAUUGUUGCGAGCCAAAAAAGGACAGGGCACUAAAGAGCGUCUUGAAAAUUUUAUUAAUUGUCGAUUAUUCGACAAAUUACAAGACACAUCGCUGAAAGUAUUGGACAAGUUGCAUGUGGUGCCGGGUGAUAUUCUGCAGGAUGAGCUAGGCAUGUCUAUAGCGGACUGGGAUGAGCUUCAGAGAGAAUGUCAGAUAGUCUUCCAUUGCGCUGCUUGUGUCAGAUUUGAUACGUUCAUUCGUGACGCGGUCGCAAUGAACACAGAAGGUACAAUGAAAGUGCUCAAAUUAGCCGCCGGUAUGAAAAAGCUUGAGGUGUUCCUGCACGUGUCCACGUCUUAUUGCCGCUGCGAGCUGCCUGUACUGGAGGAGCGCCUGUAUCCCGCCGCCCACCGUCCACAGGAUGUCAUGCACUGCGUGCGGUGGAUGGAUGAUGACCUACUCAAACACCUGAGCCCUAAAUUAAUCGAGCCUCAACCAAACACUUACGCAUACACAAAGUCUUUAACUGAAGACUUGGUAUCCCAACACGCAGGAAAAUUUCCCAUCGCAAUUGCUCGGCCCUCUAUAGUGUCUGCAGCGCACAAGGAACCAUUGCCGGGAUGGGUAGACAACAUGAAUGGACCUACAGGUCUACUGGUCGGCGCGGGAAAAGGUGUAAUUCGCACAAUACUCCUCAAUGACUCGUACCUCGCCGAUAUUGUCCCGGUGGAUAUAGCUGUAAAUGGAUGUAUAUUACUAGCUUACGUCACUGCAAUUGAAAAACCAAAGGAAAUCAGAGUAUGCAAUAUUACCCAGUCUGGAAUUAACCCUCUCACUUGGGGCCGAGCGCUUGACAUGGGUCGAGUACACGUGCAGGAGUUUCCAUUCUCGGUGUGCCUCUGGUACCCGGGCGGCUCGCCGAAGAAUUCCCGUAUCCAGCAUUAUAUAGCUUUAUUCUUCACGCACUUCCUACCAGCAUACUUGGUCGACCUGCUAAUGUUCCUCAUGGGCAAAAAGACUUUUAUGGUGAAAAUACAGAAGCGUGUCAACUACGGUCUGGAAGUGCUUCAGUAUUAUACCACGAAAGAGUGGUUCUUCACAAACGAUUACUUCGUAUCGUUACGAGAGAAGAUAUCCAAACAAGAUAAUGAGACAUUCUACACGGAUAUGAAUAUGCUGAACUGGAGUAAAUAUAUAAGAAAUUAUAUUAGGGGUGCUCGAGAGUACUGUUGCAAAGAAGAUCCAGCUACAUUGCCACAAGCGAGGAGAUUACAAAAACAGCUUUACUAUCUGGACAGAGCGGUGCAGUUCGUCCUUUAUUCACUUCUCGCGUACUUUAUUUAUUAUUAUUUUAUACGAAAAAUUUUUACUUAGACUUGUUUUAUUUUAUAUAUUAAAUUACUGUAAUUUUUAAUUUUCUUUUGCCAUUUUAUUGGGCAGGUGCCGCUACGGACGGUCAAUUUAUAAUAUAUUACUUAUAUUUUCAGUGUAAAUUUUAUUCGACAAUAAUAUGUUCGUUGUUAAUGUAUUCAAAACUUUGAAACAAUUAAUAAUUUUUUCACCUUUAUCCAUUAUUAGUAUUGUAUUCAUGAAACCGUUCAACUAAUAUCAAAUUCAAUGCAUAUUAAAAUACCUUAAUAUUGUAAAUGAAAUAACAACGUAUACAUAAAUAUAAUUAAUUUUUUACACAAUAAAAAAAUUGUACGUAAUUAAUUUGUACAUUGUGAAUUAAUUCAAAGUUGCAUAAUAAAAACCGGUUAUUUCCUGUUUUUAUUUCGAAAAUAUAAUUUAUAAAUUAGGUACAUUUACAAAGUUACUAAUAUUGUCUUUCAAAAGAUAUUUUCGAACAAAAAACUGGGACUUAACCUAUUUUUUAACUAACAUAUAGUUCUGCGACAUAGACAUUUAUAUUAUUUUUAUUAUCCUAUAGUAUGGUGUAAAUAUCUU